UUUCAUUACUUCAGUUCUUCCCUUUCCUCUGUCCCCUAUUUGUACCAGAGCUUGCAAAAGCCAUUGAAGAGCUAUAGUUUUUGCGUGUUUUUGGUCAAUUGUGUUUCUUUAUACAAUAUCUAAAUCCAAGUUUUUCCUUUCUCAAUAUUACUUUCUAGUUUGUAAUUUUGUCAAACCCUAAUUUGUUUGUUAAUUUCAUAGGUGGUCCGGCGGUGGUUAAGGGAGGCGAUAACAACGGCUUCAACGCAUCCUCUUAACGGAUCCUUCUAUUACCCCUUUUGUUCAGGAGCUUAGGAGCUUCAAAGAAGAUCUGAACAUUAGUGUUUCUUGACCAAGCUACCAAUAUUCAGGUUGGUGUUUUUUUAAAGCAUAUAACGGCCGGUAGGUAUAUAAAAAAGGGCUCGUCGAACUACUAUACUAAGCGCUUACCUAUAAAAGAAAAAAGGUAUAUAGUAUAUUGAAUUUUCCAGAUUCUAUCUACGGAAUGAAGAUAGGGCAGAGGGGAGAGAGCUCAGUGAGGAAAUAAAGAAAGAAGAGCAGGGCAGCUAAUUGAAUAAGCGCUAGUUCCUUAAUUUCUUUGGUUAGUGAGUAUCUAAAUGAUACGAGUCUUCCAAAGAUUAACUUUUACAAGUGGUUUGAGAAUAGGGUAAGUGAGCACACCUUUUUUUUUCCUAUUAUAUAUUUUUUUUCUCUUUUCUUGAUUGUUUUCUUUAUUACUUAUUGUGAAAUACAGAUUAUUAAGCUGUGGAAAGAUGGGGAUGUAAGGAUUACCGAAGAGUUAUUUUGUUUAGCAAGAGGACCCAUGAAACGUGUUGUGACUUAUGAUGGAUAUAUCAUUAAUGGAUUUAUAUUUCACACCAAAAAACGGCAAAGAAAUCGAAAAACUCAAAAUAGUGAUGUGGUGGUUAGAGGCGAUGAGGAAAGUGGAGAAAAGAAUUUUUAUGGGAUUUUAGAGGAGGUUAUUGUGUUAGAGUAUGGUGCCUUAAAAAAUCGAACAAGUCCCAAAGUUGUUUGUUUAAGUGUAAGUGGUUUGACGUGUUUAGUGACGGGAAAGGGAUUAAAAAAGACAAUUUAGAAGCAGUGCCUAUCAAUGUUACUCGGAGGUUAAGAACCAAUGAGUCAUUCGCUUUAGCUUCUCAAAUUGAACAAGUUUUCUAUGUGACUGCUCAUAAUGAAACAGAUUGGAUAAGGCAAAUCCACGAAACUUCUUUGAUUUCCCUAAUGAUGAAGAUACUCAUGAAAGCGAAUCAUUAUGGGAUCAUGUGGCUCCACCGGUUACUAACUAUGAAAAUGAAAAUGAUGAAGACAUUAAUAUAGUUAGGGAUGAUGUUGAAAAUGAAGUGGUGUACGCUAAUAUCAACCAAGGAGAUGAUUUCAUUAAUGAGGAUGAAGAGGAAGAGGAGGAGGAAGAAGAAGAAGAGGAGGAGGAAGAAUUGUCUAAUAUGGAAUCUACAUUGCAGGCUCUUAACGAUGACCUUGAAGACAAUGAUGAUGACAGUGAUAGUUCUAGUGAAUAACGUACUUAGCAUAUGAAAGAGUCAUUUAUUUAUAUAUUUGAAACUAGUUAAAUAAUUAAAUAUGCUCAGAUGCUUUAUCAAAGCUUUUGCUUUAGUUAUAAUGUCUAUAACCUCUUGGUUUAACUAAUUUUCUGUUUUUGUUUAUGUAUUUGUGCAGAGUAAGUAGUAACUAACUAUAACUUUUCUAAUUGUUGCUUUUAUAAUUUAGAUUAUGUUUUUAGUUCACUUAUGCUAAUGGAUGAUAAAAGAUUUAAGCAAUGAGCUUGGUGAUUCUAAAUAGUAUAUAUUGAAUUCGAUAUAGGUGAAGAAGUGGCUAAUUAAGGAGUUUGUUUUAGUUAACUAACUGGUUGGUUUUUGCAAGGUAUAAAGGGGCUGGUACUCUGAUCAACAGUAGGAAAAUGUCAAUCAUUCCAACUUCAUCAGAACAAGAUCAACAAGAAAAUGAGAUUCAACAACCACCACCAAGGUUGACUUAUCGUGAAAAGCGAAGGAUUGACCAAGCUGAGCUUCGACAAAAAUUCCCUGAUCGUAAGAGGCGUGGCCCUACUAGGGGUUUAAAAUAUGCUUCCAAAAGAGCAAGAAAUCCAGAAGAAAAUAUUACGUUAACUUUUAUGGAUGAGCUUCGACGUGUGGUUGGUGAAAAGGCAAAUGAGUUCAUAUGUGAUUGUAGCAAUUGGGUUGAAGAGUUUUGUCCUUUGAAUGCAUUGAAUUGGGCUAAAAUGGACCCUGAUGCGAAGAAAAGUUUAUAUGACAAGAUUUUGGCAAAAUACAAUUUACCUGAAAAGAUUGGUGGUUCGGACGCGACUGAUGCAUUGAGCUUUCAAUGUUCUAUAUUAUAUAGACAUUGGAGGUUUAGACUCAAAGAAAAAUACUAUAGAGGCAAAACAAAGGCAGAGGCUAGAGACAAUAGACCUUCUACUAUUGAUCCAAUACAGUGGGAUUGGUUGGUUUAUGAGUAUUGGAGUUCCCCAAAACAAGAGAUUAACGAGACACAAAUUGUUGCCAAUCAAGUCGAAGGGUCAUCUGAACAUGCUGAACUGCAACAAGAUCCCAUCUAUGUGAGAUUAUAUGAUGAGAAGACAAAAAAGAUGAUUUCAUUGAAUAGGCAUAUAAAAAAGGAUGGAAGUACUAUUUGGGAACCAAAUGCUGAAAAGAACUAUGAAGAACUCAAAAGGCUUCACGAAACUGAAAUCGCAGAACAUGGUGAGGACACACUGAGUGUAAAAGAUGCUUAUAUGAAGGUAUUAAAACCUAAAUCUGGAUAUGUGAGAGGACUUGUUCCUGGAGCUCGACCACCUACAAAAGUUAGAAUCCAAGGAGAUGAUAUGGAUAGGGUUCAACUCUCUACUCAAGUUCACACACUAAGUGCGUCAAAUGAAGAGCUCAGAGCAUCUAAUGAACAACUUAAAGCAUCAAAUGAGGAGCUCAAAGCAGAAUUUUCAAGAAUGAACAAGGAAGCCAUUGAACGUGAAAAUAAACUAAGAGAAGAUAUGCUAAAAAUGUUUGAGGAAAUGAGGAGACUUAACUGUUUCUGGUUUAUAUGUACUGUGAUCAAAUUUGGGUUGCUGCCUCAACGCUACUCGAUGUUGCUGCAAUGCUUCUGCAACGAUGUGGGGCUGCCGCAACACAACUGUCUGUGGAAGGAACGCAAUGCAGCAGUUGUUGCUGUGGUGCUGCCGCAACGCUGCUGUUGCUGCUGCAGUGCUGCAGCAACGCUGCUGUUGCUACUGCACUGCUGCCACAACGCGCUGCUGUUGCUGCUGCACUGCUGCCACAACUCAGCUGCAAUAGUUUUAGGAGCUUUUUCCACGUGCAGCAGUGUAUUCACUAAGCUUGAUGUGUGUAUAUCUGAUAUGUAGAUGAUUUACAUUGCAAGUGAUGGAAGCAUACAUUAUUAUUAAUGUCAAAUUUCUCUAAUUGACAAAGAACAAACAUGCAUUACAUAUCAAACCAUUUAGCGUUCAUUAGAAAAAAAAAAUGCUAAUUAUGACUUGAUACAUGGAGAGGUGAUUGCCCCUAAAUUUCACAAUUGUGAGUUUAUAUUAUUUCAAAAUGCAUUUAUCAAGAUUUUUGUAAAGAUAUGUAAAAAUAUGACCUCCCUUUUAUGUGGUGAAAGAAGCAAUAUUUUGUAGCUUUAAUUCUAUUUUAUUGUAUCUUUUUAAAUCGUGUAUCUAAUUUUGGAAUAUUG